UCAGUUGUAUAAACUCCUUCCCUCUGCCCCUUCCCCGACACAGCCUGCCUCUGACACCAGCACCGCUUUGUCUUGUCUCUGCCCACUCCUGGCCGACCCCCGGUACACCUCGGAGCAGCAUGGAUACAAAAUGUGAGAACAAGUGUGGGCCUGGCUACCCUAGCCCUCUGGAGGCCAUGAAAGGACCAAGGGAGAAGAUUGUCUAUCUGCCCUGUAUUUACCGAAACACAAACACUGAAGCCCCAGAUUAUCUGGCCACUGUGGACAUUGACCCCAAGUCUCCCCAGUAUUGCCAGGUCAUCCACCGGCUGCCCAUGCCCAACCUGAAGGACGAGCUGCAUCACUCAGGAUGGAACACCUGCAGCAGCUGCUUUGGAGACAGCACCAAGUCACGCACCAAGUUGGUGCUGCCCUGUCUCAUCUCCUCCCGAAUUUAUGUGGUGGACGUUGGCACCGAGCCCCGUGCCCCGAAGCUGCACAAGGUCAUUGAGGCCAAGGACAUCCAUGCCAAGUGCGACCUAGGCUACCUCCACACCAGCCACUGCCUGGCCAGUGGGGAGGUGAUGGUCAGUUCCCUGGGAGACCCCCAGGGCAACGGCAAAGGGGGUUUUGUGCUGCUGGAUGGAGAGACGUUUGAGGUGAAGGGGACGUGGGAGCGACCUGGAGGUGCUGCACCCAUGGGCUAUGACUUCUGGUACCAGCCUCGACACAAUGUCAUGAUCAGCACCGAAUGGGCAGCUCCCAAUGUCUUACGAGAUGGCUUCAACCCCGCCGACGUAGAGGGGGGGCUGUACGGGAGCCACUUAAACGUGUGGGACUGGCAGCGCCAUGAGAUCGUGCAGAACCUGCCUCUCCCGGAUGGGCUCAUCCCCCUGGAGAUCCGCUUCCUGCACAACCCGGCUGCUUCCCAGGGCUUCGUGGGCUGUGCCCUCAGCUCCAACAUCCAUCGUUUUUACAAGAAUGAGAAAGGGACUUGGUCAGUGGAGAAGGUGAUCCAGGUGCCCCCCAAAAAAGUGAAGGGCUGGAUCCUGCCCGAAAUGCCAGCCCUGAUCACUGACAUCCUGCUGUCCCUGGACGACCGCUUCCUCUACUUCAGCAACUGGCUGCACGGGGACCUGCGACAGUAUGACAUUUCUGACCCAAAGAGGCCCCGCCUCACGGGACAGCUCUUCCUCGGAGGCAGCAUUGUUAAGGGAGGCCCUGUGCAAGUGCUGGAGGACCAGGAGCUAAAAUGCCAGCCAGAGCCCCUGGUGGUCAAGGGAAAACGGGUGGCUGGAGGCCCCCAGAUGAUCCAGCUUAGCCUGGAUGGGAAGCGUCUCUACUUAACCACGUCACUGUACAGUGGCUGGGACAAGCAGUUUUACCCCGAUCUCAUCAAGGAAGGCUCUGUGAUGCUGCAGAUUGAUGUCGACACAGAAAAGGGAGGGCUGAAGUUGAACCCCAACUUCCUGGUGGACUUUGGGAAGGAACCCCUCGGCCCAGCGCUGGCCCAUGAGCUCCGCUACCCUGGGGGCGACUGCAGCUCUGACAUCUGGCUCUGAAGUUCCCCUUAUAGCCCCACUCCACAUUCUGAGCCCUCACUUCCAAAGGGACCUGGCUUCACUCUUCUCUCUCUGCCCCUGACCCUUGGCAGCGUGUCCUACCAAAGCUAAACUCAGAUUGUUGAAACAUAUUUAGCUGUGUCUCCACUUAUUCACCAAUGUUGCCAAUCACUUACUGUGCUGUUUUUACACGAGUUCUUGGAAAUUAUCUCAGAAAUAAACUGGUGAACCCCUUCC